UUAUCUCAUACAGUCUCUGGCGCUUUGCAACAAGAGAAUGUGUGUAUAGUAAAGCGCCACACGUCGAAACAAGAAUUCCUGAUAGAAAGAAGGGAGUAGGAGCAAUAUCUGGAAAGAGGGCAAUUCCCAGGAUGUCGCAGAUGCUAUUUUUUAAGUUGCUGCAAAAGUCAUGGAACGGAGAAGAACAUGCGUGCAUAACUUGGACUCUUUCUUUCAUUUUAUUACCUGCAAACGCCUACGGUCAUUGCGCUUGUAUGAUUCGUGGCCAAAAAGAGGAAGUAAUUCAGCAGCGCCGCCAGCAAGCAAUUGAUUGCCGUGCACGUCAAGAAAAAUGAUGAUGUCAGGCCACUGUAGGUCGUCACAGAUUUGAACUCGCCGGCCACCAGGACCCACACAAGGAGGUAAAACGACAUGCCGCAGGAUUGGUAGAAGAGGAGGCUCCACUCGUUGUCCGCGCCGCCAUUUGAAAACUCGCGCUUGCUGAUGACGCUGUACCAGGAGCCCGCCAUGACACCCAUUACGGCCAAUGUGACUCCAACCGCCGAGAAAAAGAGGUCUGCCCUGUCACAUGAAAGACCGCUUCUUCGAUUGCCACGAAGAGUGCGUUCGUGGCUGACCAUGCUGCAACAAGCGCUCCAACGGUCAU